AUGAUCGUCAUCUGCAACCCCAAUCACUCUCCGACCAAUUCGUUUCAUUGUCACUUUCCUUUCGGAAGAUAUCAAAAUUACUCAAAGCAACAGCCCGGCUCAUACAAUCGGAUACACACGAAUAUGAGCCUAGGUUUGCAAGUCACUUUGGCCUCCCAGGCACCGGGAAUCGAAGCCCAAGCGAUCGCGUUGCCCAUCACCGUCUCCGUCCACAAUACUGCCGAGAUUCCUGUCACCAUCCUCAGAUGGAACUCUCCAUUAGAUCCUCAGGCUGGCGUGCUGGGUGUAUUUGAAGUUUCUGAUACGACCGAUCAACGGACAAUUCCCAUCCCCAGAAUCAUGGUUUCACGCAAGCUCCCUCCCUCCGAGGAAGACCUGGUGGAAAUAAAAGCAGACGAGACACUUGAUUUUGUUGUCAAAAUACCAGUUUCUGACCUUGAGGAGGGACACCAAUACUCCGUUCGUGCGCAAGGAACGUGGCAUGCCGUAUGGCCGACCGAAUUAGCCAACGUGACGCCUUCCCAACUCCAGGAUAACGGCAAUGUGAAAGGGGAUUCAAAGCGCGGGGAUUUCUGCUCCAAUAUUUUGUCUUUGAACAUCGAGUCAAGUUCGGACACGUGA